UUGGGGGGGGAGGAGGAGGGAGGGAGGGGGCGCAGCUCGCUGAGGACCGUCCGACUCCGGCGAUAAGAACAAUGGCUGAGCGCAUCUUGGAUUAAUACGUGGGGAACACGAGGAGACUAAUGUAACGCAGAGUGUUUGCAGAAAAGAGGGACUCCAGGCUGCACCCCCCCCACCCACCCACCCUCUCUCCUUCCCUCCCUCCCUCUCUCUCUCCCUCCCUCUCUCCCUCCCCAGCACUCAACCAUGUCGCUUGUAUUCCGCACGUUGUUGUUCGGCUUUGUAACGCUGCUGGCUGUGGUUUUGAUCAUUGAUGAUAUCGCAGAAGUGGAGAAAGAAACACCAAAUAAUGGACAUUCAAAGAAGAUGAAGUUACAUCGGCUCAUCCCUAAACCGCACAGAAAGGCUGCAGCGCGCGUGGAUCCGACGGCUUUGACAAGAUUGAGCAAAGGCUUAAAUCAUCCAAGUUCCAGCUACAAUAACACUGCCGGGCUCCCGCCAAACAACUGGACCUUCAACAAGACCCUCUCCAACCUCAUCAGAAAGAACAUUCUGAGGUUUCUCGACCCGGAGAGGGACAUCUCUAUUCUGAAGGGCACGCUGAAACCAGGAGCUAUCAUCCACUACGUGUUUGACCCCCACAGCACCACUAACGUCUCAGAAAAUCUAUAUCGUCUUUUGCCGACUGCAUCUCCCAUGAAGAACCAACAUCACAGGCGCUGCGCCAUUGUGGGAAACUCUGGGAUUCUGCUGAACAGCAGCUGUGGACCCGACAUCGACUCUCACGACUUUGUUAUCAGGUGCAACCUGGCACCAGUGGAGGACUACUCUCUGGACGUGGGGCGGCGGACCAACUUGGUGACCAUGAACCCGUCGGUGGUGCAGCGAGCAUUCCAGGACCUGGUCAGCGACGAGUGGCGGGAUCGGUUCCUGCAGCGCCUGCAAAGCCUCAGCGGCAGCGUGCUGUGGAUCCCGGCCUUCAUGGCCAAGGGGGGAGAGGAGCGCGUGGAGUGGGCCCUCCGUCUCAUCCUGUCGCACACUGUGGACGUGCGCACCGCCGUCCCCUCGCUGCGCCUUCUCCACGCCGUCAGAGGGUAUUGGUUAACCAACAAUGUCCACAUAAAACGUCCGACCACCGGGCUCCUCAUGUACACGAUGGCCACCCGCUUCUGCGAAGAAAUCCAUCUCUACGGCUUCUGGCCCUUCCGGCACGACCCGCAGGGAAGACCGGUCAAGUACCACUACUACGACGCUCUAAAGUACGAGUACACGUCCAGCUCCAGUCCUCACACCAUGCCCCUGGAGUUCAGGACGCUGAGCGCGUUGCACAGACAGGGGGCGCUGCGGCUCCACACUGGCACCUGUGGCUGAGGGAGGAGACCCAGAAGGAGAAAAACACUUCACACAAACCGUUUUCUCGUAACCGUACUUUUAUGAAACUUGAAUUAACUUAUUUUCAGCAACUGGAAAAGCAAAUUGACUUUUUUCUAUUUCAAGCUCUUUUAGUGACUUGUUUAACUGGUGUGGUUUAACUUUUUUUAAUUAGAUUUCUCCGUGGCAGCCUUUUUUUUUUUACUGGUUUACACAGAGAUGCUCCGCUCUAAAAGUCCAUGCAUUUCACUGACUUUAUAACAUGUUUCCAGUCAUAAAUGAAGGAGUCAGGACACAUUUUUAGAUGCCGUUAAUCAAGGACUCAUCAAUGAACAGGGCUGUAUACAGGUGUGUUAUUUACCCAGCAUGCCAACAUCACAAGGAGCAGCUCAAUUAUUGGCUCCUGUGAGACACUUAUUGGGCCACAAAAUGGAAGCACUUAAUAAUCAGGGAGAAUAAUCGUCGGUCAAACUAUUUGUUUGAGAUGACGUUCCACUUGUGAUAACAAAAGUUUCCUCUGUCAGAGAACAUUUUACGCUUUUGUAGAUUCUUAUAAAGUCCCCGGUGUAAAACAGGUUAUUCAUAAGCAAAAAAAUUCCAAAGGUCGAGUCAACCAGAGCUGCCAAGCGAUAAGGUUAGAGUUACCAUGAGAGCACGUUGAAUCGCAUUGCGCUCCUGUGAGCAUAAAGAGGGAGUGCACCAGCUGUUCACACAGGAAUGUUUGCACACAGUUGGGCAGAUGUAAACUCACAAUGUGAACUUUUCUCAAAGAAUACCUGCUCUUCUUCUGCACCACUGUACUAGACUGAGGUCAGGUUGUAGCCACGUUUUGGUAGUAAGAAGAGCUUAGUUGUUUGUUUUCUAAAUGAAUGUAUUGGUGACUAAAGCUGUAAGAAAUGAACCUCAUAAUGAUGUGCUUUAAAUGAAUUUAGAGUUGAAGUUAGCAGCAGUUUCAGUGCAAUAACACUGAGAGCAGUAGAAAUGCCUUUAUCCAUUUAUAAUGACGUAUGACUUAUACUUGUGUAGAGAGUUGGUUAGUAUUUCAGCCAAUGUAGGUUGAUAGAUAUUUGUGGAUUUUGAUUGAAGUAUUUUGUGCCUGUAAUAGUAAUGAUAAUAAUCAAUACAUUAAACCAUUGUACUAUUCACAAUCCCAGAAAUAAAACUAGGUUUAUUCAAGUUAUUAUUAACAGGAUGAGACCGAUGGAGAAAGUCACAUGGCUGUCUUAAUGUCUCUCUUACAUCAGAGAUACCUAGUAAUACCAGACACAAAAUAUUGGUCUAUUGAAAGGCUGUACCAGGCUGAUCUGUCAAAGUAAUACAUCAGUUAGAAGUUCAAA